AUGGCACCAGCUUGGACCCCCGCAGCCGCCAGCGACCUCCUCGCCUGCAUCCUCGCGUCCGAGGGUAAACCAUCCCCCAACUGGAACAAGGUCGUCGAGAUCAUGAAGGAGCUCGACCACGUCUUAACAGCCAGCGCCGCCCACCCCACCACCCCCGCCACCGGCAAGAAAAGGCCCCUUCCGCCGCGCGGCUACCGCGCCCCCGCCGAGGAUGAUGAUGCCGAGCCCACGCUCACCCCGGUCAAGAAGACCAAGGCCGUCGACAAGAGCAAGGAUAAGCCCAAGGUCAAGGCCAAGGCUAAGAGCAAGGAGGAGACCGACGAGGAUAUGGAUGAGGGCAAGGGCCAGGAUCAGGCCUUGGAUGAGGAGGAGGAUGGCGACGAGAAGGAUCCCGGAAAGGAGCCUUGGGACGAAGUACCCCAGGGAGAGGCCGCCGACGCCGAUGCCGACGCCGACGCCGUCGCUAAGAACGAGAAUGCGACUAUUUGA